AUUGAGCUCCAAAGCAGCAGCAAAACUGCAGCAAUAACACAAAGAAAACUAGAGAGAUUAUCAAGAUAAUGGCUCCCACUCAUGAAGGACAGCAAAGCCAAGCUGGCAGGCACCAGGAAGUUGGCCACAAGAGUCUAUUGCAGAGUGAUAAUCUUUACCAAUAUAUACUUGAAACCAGUGUUUAUCCGAGAGAGCCUGAACCCAUGAAGGAGCUCCGGGAGCUGACAGCAAAACAUCCAUGGAAUAUCAUGACUACAUCAGCUGAUGAAGGACAAUUCUUAAACAUGUUGCUCAAGCUUAUCAAUGCCAAGAACACCAUGGAAAUUGGUGUUUAUACUGGCUAUUCUCUGCUUGCUACUGCCCUUGCUCUGCCAGAUGAUGGCAAGAUAUUGGCUAUGGACAUCAACCGCGAAAAUUAUGAACUGGGUCUACCAGUCAUCCAAAAAGCUGGGGUUGCUCACAAGAUUGACUUCAAAGAAGGCCCUGCUCUUCCUGUCCUUGAUCAAAUGAUUGACGCUGGAAAAUAUCAUGGAACGUUUGAUUUCAUCUUUGUUGAUGCUGACAAGGACAACUACCUUAAUUACCACAAGAGGCUUAUUGAGCUAGUGAAGGUUGGGGGAAUCAUUGGCUACGACAACACCCUAUGGAACGGGUCUGUGGUGGCACCUCCUGAUGCACCGUUAAGGAAGUAUGUGCUGUAUUAUAGGGAUUUCGUCUUGGAGCUCAACAGAGCCCUGGCUGCUGAUCCAAGGAUUGAGAUCUGCCAACUUCCUGUUGGCGAUGGGAUUACUCUGUGUCGCCGCAUUAGUUGAUCAAUCUAAGCGGGCUUAAGCAAUUGCUAGCACGACAAGGGUGUGGCUAACCAAAUUUACUUGUCUUCAGUUAAUAUCUUGUUGUAUAUUGCUGCUAUUUUGAUGUUUUUAUGCAUUCUCUGCAAUAAUUUCCAGAGACCAAAAUGUUAAAUGUUAUAAAACAUAAGAAGACUAUUUUGCAAA